GGAACAUAUUCAGUUUCGGAAUACAGAGACGGAUACGUAUGGUUAGCCAGAGGACAUCAAAUAUGUCCAAUAUUUGCUCUGGAAAACUGAAUCAAUUCCACCAUGGAACUCGAAUUCGAUAUCCAAUAAAUACGCGCAGGAAUUUAAUUGAAUUGUAUUUUAUGGAUUUAUGAAAAGGCGUAUUUUUUUCCAUCACUAAAGCCACUUGAGGAUUGUAAAUGAGAAACAUGCGUGUGGAAGACGGGCGGAUAGUUAGUCUUGGUUUUGAACCCAUUUCUAAAACCAAGCCUCCAACGCAACGAACGGCCACCAUGCUCCAUGCGUCCGCUGUGGUCGUGUGGGAAUGGCUCAACGAACACGGGCGGUGGCGGCCCUACAGCCCGACCGUCUCCCACCACAUCGAGGCGGUGAUACGAAGCGAUCCCCGUGGUGGGAGCGUCGUGCUAGGCCAAGUCGACAACCGCCUCUCGCCCUACAUCCUAGACCUGCAGUCGAUGCACCAGUUCAGGCAGGACACAGGUAAGAAGACGAGAGCUGAGAGAACGUUUUACGACCCGUAUGGUUGCGCGGGCCAGGGUUGGCUGUGGGAGUGGGAGAACGACACGGGCUCCUGGACCCAGUACGACACGGAGGUCGGCAUCGCCAUCCAGACGGCCCGGGACCGACAGCAGCCCUGGCUGGACCUGGCGCCGCUGGGCUUCUGCUACCUGGUGGACCUGCAGGGCAUGACCCAGGUCAACAGGCAGACCCAGAGACAACGCAGGAUACAGCGGAGGUCCGACGUGGCCUACCCACUAGUGUCAGGACCGGUACCCAGGAACGGAGGUGGAGGAUCGGGUCUGACUGGAGCGUUACUGGGUGUUGGGGUGUCGGGCAUAAACGGACGCGCUGUGUACACAAGCGGCGGGCAGGCGACCAUGCAGUCCCUCGCCGGGCAGCCGUGCUCCUGCCAGCAGUGCAUGCUGGUCUUUAGUGUGAAGCAGAGCACAGUGAGGUCAUCGACGCACAAGUUGGGCCACCGGCCGAGUAAACCUCAGAGUAAACCACCCAGCCCCAAAUCUGCCUCCCUGGGGCGGGGCCAACUCAGGACCUCCCCCGCUAGAUCUGCCUACUCCAAAACCUUACCUCACGGACUCUCCAUAUCCCGGAACCAGUCCUCACCGCGACGGAAUGCUGCCCUCUUCGCCCGCUCCCUCUCUCUCCUCAGCGCCCAAACGGGCACCCUCUCCAUCUCCAACCGACCCCCUCCUCCCUCCCUCCCGCCCCCUCAGCCGCCCUCCUCCACUCCCUCCUCCACGAGUCAACCGGUGCCCACCGCCACGCUCAUCACCCCGGCGACCGCCGUGACGUCACCGCCCUCUCCCGUGCCGUCCCCGUCGCCGCGGCCCAUGGCUCCCCAGCGCUCGGCGCCGUGCUCUGCCCCCCUGCCCCAGCGGUCCAGUCUGGCUGGGCUCAGCCGGCCCGCCCUGCAACGCAUCGCCAUGGCCCAGUCACAAGCCCUCAUUGCCUCUGGCGUGCCCACUGUCCCAGUGAAGAACCUCAGUGGGAACAGCCCGGUCCACCCAGCGCUGGCCGGUAUCACAGGGAUCCUGAUGAGCGCUGCGGGGUUCCCUGUGUGUCUCACCCGCCCACCCAAACUGGUGCUGCACCCCCCGCCCGUCAGCAAGAGGGACAUCAAGCCCGUCCCCGGCCUGGGCCACUGCUGCCGCAAGACCACCAAGAAACAGGCCGGCAAAGGUAAGACAACAGAGGAGGUGGUGAAGCAGUAUCUUCAGAAAGUCAGGAUAGCACCAGAGGAGAACUGUACCAUCUGUAUGGAGGCCCUCGGGGGGGCGUCAGGCUACAAGGGUGGUGACUUCAUAGGUCGCCUGGCCCAGUGUGGGCACCAGUACCACCUCCAGUGCCUGGUGGCCAUGUACAACAACGGCAACAAAGAUGGCAGCCUGCAGUGUCCUACCUGCAAAACCAUCUAUGGCGUGAAGACGGGCAACCAGCCGCCCGGGAAGAUGGAGUACCACGUCAUCCCCCACUCGCUGCCUGGCCACCACGACUGCAAGACCAUCCGCAUCAUCUACAACGUCCUGCCUGGCAUCCAGGGCCCAGAGCACCCCAACCCAGGCAAGCCCUUUACAGCCAGAGGGUUCCCGCGUCACUGCUACCUCCCAGACAGCGAGAAGGGACGCAAGGUACUCAGACUCCUGCUGACCGCGUGGGACCGGCGCCUGGUCUUCUCGGUGGGCACGUCCAGCACCACAGGCGAGUUGGACACGGUCAUCUGGAACGAGGUGCACCACAAGACGGAAUUUGGCUCCAACCUCACGGGCCACGGCUACCCCGACCCUAGCCAUCUAGACAACGUCCUGGAUGAACUGAAAGCACAGGGCAUCACCGAGGAAGAGGAGCAAUGAUAGGAGGAAGAGGAGGAGACAGGACGAUUAAUUAAUUCAGACUCUACCAGCACUUAAAUGGGGUGGCGGUUUGGUGUAGAGGGGAAAGGUCCAAUUACACUUUGGAAGAUUCUCUGAAGAUGCUGAUUGAUUGGAGGGUCCUAGAGGUUUGGGACAUCACACAAGCACACAGUGGAGUGUUAGGGUGUUUGUUUGAGUGAUGGCACAGGAGCGAGGGAACGAGAGAGAGAAAUAGGCUCAGGCUUUGUUUAGAUUUGACUGUGGUCAAAAUGAUGACUACACAGGUAUAGUUAGAUACUAGCUAAAUAAAUUACAAAGAGUUGAGAGGUGGUACCAAGUUAUCUACUAACUAAUUUACACUACUAAAAGAGAGCGAGGGAGAGAGAGAAAGGGAUAGAAGAGAUCAAGAGACUGAGGGAGAGAAAGGACAAAGAUUGAGAGAUGUGAAAGGGAGGGGGAAGGGUAUUAAGAAAGGAGUAAGAGAAUAGAGCGAGCAAACGAGAGAGAAGAUGGCAAGAGAAUGUAGCUAGUAUUAAAUAGGAGUAGGGUAAAUUAACUUAGAAAUGGUACUACUUUAGCAGAGACACAGGAAGAGAGAGAGAAAGAAAAGAGGGGGAGAGAGGGAGACAGACAGACGUGCCUAUAGUAACCACCUGCUUGAGUUUGAUUAUCAAGUGGCUUGUGCCCAUUGACUGUUUAUGUGUAGUCAGACGCCACCUAGUGGCCACUCUACUGAAAAUACAUUCAAAACACUGAAUGUUUUUUUAUUUUACUAGGCAAGUCAGUUGUCAGCUCUGGGAUUUGAACAUGCAACCUUGCGGUUAUCAGUCCAACGCUCUAACCACUAGGCUACCCUGCAACACGACAUGAUGAACAAAACAAACAAAUCACACAUUUGUUUUUAUAAUGAUACUCCGCUUAUAUUUGUAUAAUGAAUGCAUUGUCGUUAUUGUCUUCAUGUAACAUCAUUCCAUGCGUCAUACCUCUUUACAUAUAUUUCAAAAUGGUAUUUUAUACUCUGAAUGAUUUGAAGUCGUGGAUGUUGUAUGCUAUGAUACGAUACGAUGACAGUUAGCCCAGAAGAUAUAUAUGGUAAUACCCAUAAAACAACCAUGAUGGGUCCUGGGAAUUACUUUUUCCCUUCCCUUCCAAUUCAGAUAGUUGUUGAUUCUGAACCGAUGUCUUGCUGUUUGUACUGUUAUGUACCUGUUGUAUGUAUGGAAAGGGGGACAUGUCAAUAAAUCGAGUGCUGCUUACUUUUAUAAAGGAGACGAGCAUUUGACAUUCCCUGGGAAGACGCACUUGAGAAAUGGGCCAUGAUAUGAGCCGCCAGUGUUUGAAACCAGGUGAGAAGACACCAGGAACCCAGAACUUAAAGAUUGGACAGGUUGUGGUGUGUUGGUGGGUGAGGAGGGAGUCCGAGAAGGAACAUAAUAGCCUGUGAAGAAGAACUGAGUUUUAUCAUUGCAUUAAUGACCAGACUAAAACCAAUAAAUACCUCACUAUUAAACAAACAACAUCCGUAGCAUAUCCACACUGUAACGGAUAUACAAAAUGUCUGCCUCCAUUUCAUUGGCUGGAUUGGCUUCAAUGCAACUUAUUGGGUGGGCAGUGUAAUGACAUUCUUGUGUAGAAUGUGGUUAGAAGGCGUCUACAUCCUGCCGGCAAACAGUGUCUUUGGUCUUGUUCCUUAUGGAGAACCUGUCCAUCACCAGCCACUACACCUGUCCGGUCUCAGAGUUGGGUCUAUGAAGGACCUAUUUAUAAGGAUGUGUGUGUGAGCUCAUGCAUAUAACGUAUGCAUGCCUUUAUACAUGACAUGUGUUUUAAUGUGUACUGUUUGUACAUCAACAUGUUUUGAGGUAUGAUUCUGUUACUAAACAGCACACUUGGUCUGUUUUACCCCGUUAAUAUCAUGAUCCGCCUUUCUGUUCUUUCUUUCUUUUAAAUUGUCUGUUAACACUUUAUUAUUAUGAUUUAAAUUAAAAAAGUUAACAGUUGUCUUGAUCAAAUGGUAUAUACAGCUCUUUCUCAUUUUGUACAUAAGCGUUGUUAGUGUCUGUUUGUCAUUUUUUUGGGUCAAAUCUUUCUUACGGUUGAGUUGACAACAGAUAGUACUUUUCUGUUAUCCACGGUGUACACAAGGUCUGUAUACUAAAAGUGUAUUUUCAUUGUGAAAAGGAAUUUGAAGGUAGACUUUUUCUGACUAUAAUGUAAUGUACUUUUACACCAAGCCACUACGGGUGGCCUUCCCUCCUCCUGGAGGCCUACCGCAGGUGGAGGCUUUUGUUCCAGCUGUGCUUUACCGUUGCCUGACGACUUAAUUCAGCUUCUCUAUCGAUCCACAGGGCAGCGAUGGGCAACUUCAGUCCUCUGGGGCCAUCCCUCGCAAACACAGCUGAUUAAGCUAAUUGCGAUGUAAACUGAAGAUGGAUUAUUCGUGGUUUAUUGGACUGUGUUAGCUGGGGCUAGGAGAAAACCAAAACGUGCACCCCUUGGGGUCUCGAGUUUGGGAAAUGCUGAUCUAGGCCCAACCCAUCUCAAUCUACUAACAUUCUGCUCAUCGGGGAACCUUGAUUAGCGGAAUCAGGUGUGGUAUAGCAGGGCUGGAACAAAAGCCUGCACCCCCAGCCUUUCAGGGGGAGGGUUUGCCACCCCUUCCCUAUGUCCCCUUUCCCCAUUCAGAUGACCCAGUUGUUCAUCCUCGACUACAACCUCAAGUGUCUUUUGAUGUGUACAGUCUUCACACAGCAUCCCUUCAUCGUUGUCCAAUUGUUCAUUUGAGGGGAACAUGAGAGGUGUUUUACCUCAUUCUUGGUGAAGAGGUUGGGAAGGGUGCUGGGUGUAGUGAAUAAAAAGUGAUGCAUUAAAAAAAUUGUACGUACACCAAAAACAAUUGCUGGAAUACGAAUGAUUAAUACAAAUAAAGUAUUGAAUGAA